AUGGCAGCUUCUUCCAAACUGACAGAAGAAAAUUGGUAUCCAUCCAACCUUCUUGCAUAUAACGCACUCCCGGCUCACCAAGCCUUUGACUCCCCAAUAUCUGAUGCGAAGUCCACUGCUGAUACUAGAACCGAUUUCUACGACCGCAGUCUGACGAGUCGCAGAUAUGCCCUUAUCGGAGUGGCAUGUUCAAGUAUCUUCGGCUGCUUAUGCAUUACCGCAGGUACUGUAACUUUAGCCAAUCACGGAAUCGCGGGAGUAACCCCGCUCAACAUGAUGGAUUGGAAGGGGAAUACCAGAAAUCCAUGGUGGCUGCAAUUGAAGAUAUAUCCCCUGAUACUCAACUUAAUUGUCACAUUAUGUACAGAAUCCAUAGGUUUCAUACACGGCAUCUCAUUGCGCUCUGCGCUAGCCUCAGAGUCUCGGCUUCGUUUCAACACCAAUUUGCGCCUUCUGACCGCAGCUCGUGGAUGGUAUAACCCUAACGGUGUCCUGCUUAAUGGUAUCUCGGCUGUCCUCCUCAUUAUAUCUUACAGCUCGGCCUCAUUCAUCAUAUAUCUGGACGACCAAUUGACCAUGCCAGUCUCCACAGGCGUCGCCAUCGCCGGGUUUCCUCUCCUUAUCCUGGGCGUCGCACUCCUCCUCCAAGUGAUGAUCGCAUUGUCAGGAAUGCGAGCUGUCAAAAUCAUGACGUGGAGCUCCUCACCUUUCGACUUGACCGCCGCGCUGCUCCAUCACACGCAAUUGACCCCUGACCCUUUCCGGUGCAUGCGUCGUGUGUCUGACCUAGACACAUAUGGAGGUCCAGCGAAGCCACAAGAGACACAGCCCUCUGCGUGGCAUGCUCACCCUAGCAUCCGGAAAGUUGUCAUUUUCCUUUGGGUAAUUGUUGUAGCAUGCGCUGUAUGGGCCGUACUCGUCAUGUAUUUCUCGGACCUUUACGGUCUUCCGCUGACCCUACGAACGUGGUCGUUCUUCCAGAACGAGCAGUCCAAACUCAUCUCGUAUUUCUCAUAUUAUAUGACAGAUGUCAAUCUUGAGGCGUGGGCUCUGUUCUUUGUCAACAUCGCAGUUGUUCAGGGACCGUUGACGCUUAUGUUGCAUUGCUCGGAGCUCACCGUGAAUGUCAUUCGAGACGAAAGACAAUGGAGAUGCGCUACCGGAGGGAAAGGACUCAGAGUGGCGACGAACCCGCUGGAGCCGAUUUUGACUCAUCCGAUCUGUCUCAUACUUUUCUUCGCGAAGCCUUUCCUGCACUGGAUGUUUGCGCUUUCAUUCAGUGUAUCUUUCAUAGCCUUUGACGAGAUUGUAUCUGUUUUUUCUGUAUAUAUGUACACCGCCCAGAUCUGGAACUUAUGCAUUGCGCUCGUUAUAUUUGCCUGUUUCUUCACUUUCAUCGCACUGCGCCGACCGUACGGUCCUCAGCCGGCUGCAUAUGGCCAUGUCCAGACGCUCGCCAACCUCGUGGAUGAGUGGUCACCUGUGAUGUGGUGGGGACACAAGGAGGAUGGAAUUCCGUACUGUCAUGCUGGUGGGGCAUUUGUACUAUACUCACGGUGA